CAGUGUGCGGUAUUGUCACGUAUCGUGUAUUAUCGUCUCGCGCUUUGAUUGUGCGGCAGGGCAAGUUCUGUUACAAAGUUUAAAUUUGCACAGGCUUUGCAACAAGCACGUUGCUGAAAUUAUGGCUGAGGCAGGUGAAGGUGCCAGCAAUGUCCAGGUAAAUCCGGCUGUGGUGGACCGGCUGUUGCUGCAGGGUGCCACCCUUGUGUUUCUGGACGUGCCACCAGGCACCGAGUUUGGCCUUGACAUGUCCACAAAUGUGGUUGGAGACAAAUUUAGGGGCGUCAAAUUGAUUCCCGCUGGGUUGCACUUUGUGCACUAUAGUGCCGUGAGCAAGACUGGCACAGCUGCACCGCGCACGGGCUUCUUUCACUACUUCGAGAAAGGCGAAAUGCUUGUCAAAAAGUGGGACAAAGCCCCUGAGGACAUAUCACCCGAGCCAGUGGACAUGGAAGAGGUGGAGCGCCUGCGCUCGAACUUGAGAGGCGACCUGGAUCAGCAUUUGGCGGUGUUUGCGUACGCCGAGUGGCGGCGCUGGAUUUCCCUCACGAAGCAUGUCAGCCGGGCGGUGCUGGAGCGGCUGCAGCCAGAGAGGAGCGUCAUCUAUUCGGCCACGCCUUUUGAGCCAAUUAACUUCUGCUCACAUAGAGGUGGUGACCUGGCCUCUGUCGAUUCGAGGGGCGACUGUGGCGAGGACAUCAGGCUGUCUGACAGGGCCAAAGAAUUGCUUGAGCUGAAAGAGGUGCCCGAGUGCAAGAUACGUUAUACAGAGAUCCCCAAGAAAAGGCACCCGAGUGGCUCGACCCCAUCGGAGAUCACCAAGCACGGCAUGGACUCAAGCUACGUGUUGGAGCAGCUGCUGGCCACCUGGCCACACCAGGAGGACCUGCUAGGUGAACUGCAGUUUGUGUUUGUGUGCUUUCUGGUGGGGCACGUGUAUCCCUGCUUUGAACAGUGGCAGAAGCUGGUGCGCAUCUUCUGCACGAGCAGCGAGGCCAUCGACCGGCAUCCAGACUUCUUCAGCGACCUGGUCUCCGUGUUGCACUUCCAGCUGCGCGAAGUCCCCUGCGACUUCUUUGUGGACAUCGUGUCUCGAAAGAACUUCCUCACUGAGGCCCUGGCCUCGCUGUUCCGAAACAUUGCCGAGUCCAGUCUGCCUGACAACUCACCGACGACGUUAAAGAUGAAGGCCAACCGUUUCAGGAUAAGUUUGACCAAGUUGAUGGGCUGGAGCUUCGAGCAAGAAGUGGCCGAGGAAGAGCGUCCUGUUGUGGUGGAAUUGCCCGGUGGGAACUGAAAUGCUGUCACUGCGAGGACAACGAUUUGUGGGACAGGACAGCUGUGUGGGCUAUCUCUCGUUCUUCCUUGUUAAGUUGGCAUGGUUUGGGUGAGUCUGUAAUGAUGAACAAAAUUGAGGUGGCUGGUCAGCUGGCUCAUAUAAAUGGCAUAAAUGUUGCGACAUGUGUGCUGGUAAUUUAUUUGUUGUCACCUUAGAUGUUUGAUGCGCCGAGCACUUCGGCUAGGAUUCUAUAAUGUGCUAGCUGACGAAAAAUAGCCUAAAUUAUUUUCCACUGGAAGCACAUCAUUAGUGUGCACACUGCUAUGCAAUUGGUGGUGAUUGAAUUUUUGACAUUGCAAGUAAUUUUUAACCAUUGGCCACAUGUUUUACUCUACAGAAAUUACACACUUUUAUGUAGAAUAGCAUGGCUUGUUAUAUGCAAGCUUUUCUUCUGAAGCAUCAGAAAAAUGAAGUUGGAAGACUAAGGCAAUGACAAGUUCAGGCAAGUGUACAAAAAAAGCCUUGCAUAGGAUGUUCAAUUAAACAGCAUGAAUUUCUUGUCUCUUUUUUACAUGACAGUAUCCCAUUUGCAAUAUGGCAGUGCACGUCAUUGCUGCAACUGCAUUUGCAGGCUGCUGAUGCAUUUGUCAUUGCAUUUUCAUUUGUCACAUCAUUUCACCCGGACAAACAUCUUUUAUUACACAGUAUUACAAAGAACAACUUGUUCAAACUUUACACGAAUUCAGUAUGGCAGCACUGCUCAGACAAGUGCCUUUGGUCAAUCUGCAUAAAUGUGUGCUACUCCAAAUGAGCAGUGCUUUAGUUUCUUCAACUAUUCAAAUUGUACGUGUCAUUUGCAUUCUAUGCGAUGCCUUUUUUUUUAAUGAAGUCCAUGCACAAGAUACUUCUGUAGUGAGCAAAUAAUUUAAUGCAUAGGUCAUGUUUAACAUCUCAUGUACUUCAAAUAAAAUCAAAAGUCAAAGUUAUAUAGCCCAUUAAGAUAAAUUUCUCAGCGAUUGCUAGUCAACACUUUUUAUGACCUCAUGUUGCGUGCCUGGUGGUUUGUCAGAAUGUUUUAUUUUAUUUCUUCCGAUUCGUUUGCUGUGAUAAUUGUUAUACUGUGGGCCCAGUGGAGGUAAAUGUGACACGCUGUUGUGCGGAUCAGCCUUUUGAUGAGAGACUGAUUUCUAAAAUAUUUGUCUAAAUCUCAUUCUGUGUACACCUUGUGUGUCACCAUUGUAUGAUUGUAAUAAAACGUGUUUGUUAAUGUCUGGUA